AACCCAUGGCUUUGUCCUUCUAACCCCACGAGCUAAGCACAGAUGAAGCUCAUAAACCCAACUCAAAACCCUAGAUGUCUUCCCUCGAGCCCGCGAUUCCCCUGUCUUAUCAACGAUUCAUUUACCGUGAGAAGAUGGCAGCGCAUAGCCCUCAGAUCUACCACGAGAAGCAACGACUGCAAUUCUGCCUCUUGCACUCCCUCAAUAAUCUCUUUCAGGAGAAGGACGCGUUCACGCGGGCAAACCUGAACGCAAUCGCCGAAAGACUUGUUCAUGACGAUCCCAGCCAGGAGACCUGGACGCCAAUGUCGGUUCUCUUCAAGCCCCAUCACAAUGUGCUGACCGGAAACUAUGACAUAAACGUUCUCAUUGCGGCCAUAGAAGGGAAAGGUAAGUCGGUGGUCUGGCACGAUCGCCGGAAUAGCGCUUCUUCGAUCGACAUGGACAACGAUAAGUUAAUGGGCAUUGUGAUUAAUGUGCCGGUGAGAAGAUUUGGUGGGAUUUGGAGGAGCAGGCACUGGAUCACGCUGAGAAGGAUAGGGGGAGUUUGGUACAACUUGGACAGUGAUCUCCCAACUCCUCAGGCUUUCGAAGGUGCUGAGGGAGUUCAAGUGUUCUUGCAUGGUGUCACCACUGUUGGUGGGGAGGUUUUGCUUGUCAUGAAUGAUGAUGAACUGGUAGGCCCAUCUUUUCUGAAUGGCCCAUCUAUUGAGAAGAUCUCAAUUGAAGAAGAUGGAGAAUAUUAUUGCUGGAUCUUUGUAGCCUCUAGCAUGUCAAGAAUGUCAACAAUUAGAGGGAGUGACCGGAUGAGCCAAGGGUUGGAUGCUAACGAGAAGACCACUGCCUACCGCAAACAGAGCUCUACCAAGAGAGCAGAUGAGGGGAAGAGCACAAAGUUCUUUAGGAAUGGCCGGUUUGGCUUACCAAGAAGAAGGCCUGGAUUAUUUUCACCAGUGAGAUUUCUCAAGCAUGUUGGUGAUAAGAUGGCCACAGCUCUACGCGUGCUAUCCUUCAGGAGGCGGCCGUCACCUAAGGUUUCCUCAAAGCCGUUCGUAGCUCCCACUGAUUCUCACAGAACUGAAGCCAUAGAGGACUGCAUUGAGUUCAUCAACUCUUCCUCUACUUUGCAGAGAUCCAAUUCUGUUGCUGCAGAGUCUAGCUAGCUAGCUAGAAUUAAUAUAAGUCCUCAGUACUCUUGUUGUGUAGUAGUUCCUGCAUGUUUUGAACUUCAUUUCUUAGCUUCAUCAUAUCAAAGUUUUGUUUCUUAAUAUGAUAUUGUUUGUUUUUACUUCUUGCAGUGAAAGAAAGCAAGCUAGAGAACAAAAUUUUUGCCCUUUCUCCAAGCCCUUGUUUCUUCAAUUUGUAUUACAGCUAGAACUAGUUGAAGAUUUUUUUUUUUUUUUUUUAAUCAAAUUCUUCAAAUUCUGUCAUGAUCCAUUUAAAACCUAGGUAGGUUGCCAUUUGUGUUUGUGCGUGAUCACAUUAAAUGUUACAGUAUGUAUUUUGGAGUUACAUGUAAAUAUUUUUCCACGCCUUGAAGAUCA